AUAAGGCCGAUUUUCGUACAUAAAAGAUUCUGGGCUGCAAAGUACAUAAUUGGCUCUGUAUGAAAGGACAAAGAAACCUUAGAUAAAUAGCCUGAACAAUGAGCAGACAAAGGGCAAUUUCCUGGGUGUUUGGCAUUUUCGUGAUGCUCCUUGUAACUGAUUGCAGGGCGGCAGUACAGGUUUUCACAGGAAACUGGGGACCCCAAUCAAUGUUGUAUCUGAAAGGAAAACAUGGCAGACGAAAUACAGUGGAAAGUGAAGGCGAAUUUUCUGGUUUGGCAUUAAUCAGUUGGACAAACUAUAUCAAUAGUUUGAUUGGUUAUCAGAAAUCGAAACAGACUUUGGAACAACUUUUCAAAAAAGACUUCUAGUGAUGGACUGACUGCAAAUUAUUCCUUUUUAUGUUUUAUGCCUCUACGCUUGUCCUGUUAUCUGAGCAAUAUUUUAUCUGAUACAUAUUCAUUCAUUACACAACAAAUGGUAUCUAUACAAUCCAUCUCUUGAUUUGUUAAUGUGCAGUG